AUGCAUCCAGAGGUCCCUUCGGGGGGUAACGUGGUGGCCUGCGUGAUCCUGGCUCUGUCCUUCUUGGUGGGUGCUCCAGGGAACUUUCUGGUAAUCUGGACCAUUGUUCGGCACGUGAAGCCUCGCUCUCACACAGUGGUGCUCAUCCUUCACCUGGCUGUUGCAGAUCUACUGGUCCUAAUUACGCUGCCACUGUGGAUCUACUCCAUGGCUCGCUACUGGGUUUUCGGCGUGGUCGCCUGCAAGGUCAUGGUUUACAUUAUCAAUGCAUGCAUGUACAGCAGCGUCUUCCUCAUAACACUCAUGAGUGUUGAACGGUUUGUGGCUGUGAGGUAUCCAUUUGCCUCUCUCGGGUGGAAAAAGAGAAACGCUUUGAAAAAGGUACUUUUAGUGGUCUGGGUGUCAGCAUUCCUGCUCAGCGUUCCCAUAAUUCCCACACAGACGCUGGGUGGGGAUCCAGGAGAAGAAGAGUGUCUUUACAGAGAGUAUCAGUCACGUACUCAGGAGGCAGUAUGUGUACUUCUGGAGACUCUGAUAGGUUUUGUGUUGCCUUUCAUUAUCUUGGUGGUCUGCUAUGGCUGCGUGUUUGGUCGGAUCGCUCAAAUGACGUUCAAAACCAAACGUAAAUCCACAGGUCUGAUCGCCGCCGUCGUGAUCUCGUUCGCGCUCUGCUGGAUUCCUUACCACAUCGGUAACGUCCUCUCGCUGGUGGCACUGAGCAUCGGUCAUUCAGAUCCCGAGGCUGAAGAAAACCUGGAAAAUGCCAGAACAACUAUGACCAUGAUCUCUGGGGCUCUGGUCUUCAUUAGCAGUACCAUUAACCCGAUACUUUACGUUUUUGCUGCUCGCUCUUUCCGAAGUUCACUCCGAGACACUGGGAUACAGAGGCUUUUCAGGCAUCUCUCCAGCUCAGGACCGAAUGACAGGACUAAAGAGUUGUCGUACGUGUCUAAAAAGCCGAGCACGCAGACAGAGGUUUCUCAGUGCUCAGUGCAAUCAAAAGAACAAACAGAUCUUCAUUUGGAUGUUUGUGACAAUGCCUCAAGCUGA